AUGGCGCCAAAGAUUGAGGAGAUCUCUCCUAAUAAAGAAGAUGCUAAACCGAAAAAGAACCCAUUUGAAAGCCAGAAAAAAAAGACUACCAUUCGAAGAGAAGCUAAGGAUGUCUAUGGAUCAAAAGAACCACGAAAAGGUUUACAUACGCCUCAGUAUCAAAGCAAAUCUGCGAUUGAUGUAUUAUUCUCAGAAAUAGAGGAGAAAUUGAAUGGAUCCGUGGAGGAUUUCACCCUAAAUAUACUUUAUGAAAGAAUCAUUGGACAUGGGAUAACAGAAAGUGGAAACGAAGAGUUUUUAAAAAGAUACAAGGUUACUGAAAAAAUGUUUGAGUAUUUGAUACAGAUACAACAGCUUUCAGAAGCCAAUAUUCGGAAUUUAGAUGAUAAAAACUUAAUAAAAAUCUCGUUGCAUGAUAUCAAGACGUUCAGUAAAUUGGUCAAUUUAAUCAUUGAAUAUGGAAUUUAUCCAGCAUUAAAUACGUUCAGAAUAGGGGUUCCAUUUGAAAAGAGAUUAUUGAACGAUUUUUCAAAAAAUAAGAAACCCAGAAUAAUAGAAAAGCUCCCAAACCUGACAGAAGCAUCUAAGAAAUAUGAAUAUCAUGAAAAGCUUUUGACUCUUGUAUAUAGUAAAUUUAUGAAGGUCUUUUCAGUGGAUUCAGAUGUCAAAGAUUUAUUAAUAAAGGGAACUGGGUUUUCAGAUUUUCUUACUGUCGCCAUCACGUUAAUAACUUCACCCUACUUUAGCGAGGACAAAAAACCAGUGUACUUGACUGAAUAUGAUAAUACAAUAUCAGCUAUUCCAGAAACUUACGAAUUAUUCCAAACUUACACUUUACUCUUGACUACUCCAUCACCCUCUUUCUUUAAGCAGUUUGUUAUGGCGAGAUUGCAAACAUUACACUAUGAUGCUCCGAAAAGAGAUGGUUUAUUGACUCUAGUCGAAUUCGUUCUUGGAUUGAGAGAAAACGAUGAGGUAAAUGUAGAAAAAUUUGAUCAUGUUGCUAAUGUGGUAUUGACAAAACCCAAAUCGAUUAAUACCGUUGAUUACUUUACUAAUAUUGGUCUGCAAUGUUAUGACUUAUUGGUUUUGAUAAAUAGGCCGGUCGUAACAAGCUGUAUUGGAUAUGUGUUGGAGAAACUAUGGAAUAAGAACAAAUCAGUUGUUCGUGAUUUCAUUUUGAAGAUAAUAUGGCAAAAGUUCAAUCCUGAAGACAGUCACGGGUCAGAAAUAUUAGUAAGUGAAGCACAGUUGAAUAAUAACAUCAAUGUUUUAAUUUCAUUAACAAAAAAGGGUUUAUCUUCUGACUUAUUAUCAGCAUUAUUCAAUCCUAUAUUGUUACCUGUUUGGUCAUAUUAUGUGUUUCUAAGAAAGCAUUCAAAAUCAGCCGAGGUCAUAAUGAGCAUUCUCGUUGGUUAUUUCACGGUAAUGAAAGAUUUAUCAAAGCUCGACGAUGAUAUAUUUGGCCUUGAUUCCAUAGCCAAAAAUAUUCUUUUUGACGAAGGAGAGACAUGGAAAUAUCAAAUGGGCAAAAAUGGUUUGGUUGAAAUUGUCAGGAAAAAUCAAGAAUUUGUUACAAAUUCUGACUCAAAGGAUAAUAAAAUAAACAAAUUUUUGGGGAAUUUAGACUCAAAUUGUGAAUAUUUCACAGAUUUUUUAAAGGAUAUUGAUGACGAUUUAAUUCUGAAAUUAUUCAUAAACAUUUUGAAAAGAUGGUUUAAAAUCAAUAAUCUGAGUUCUACUUUAGGUAAUGAUGUUGAUGAAAAUCCUUUUUUUAUGCUAGUAGAUUUGCGUUUGCUAGAGAAUAUUGGUAGUAAGUUCAAAGAAUCCCUCGCGAAGACUCCAUUUGAAAUGCUUGAAAUUGUAAAGAAUAUUCUUAUGCUUCAGGGAAAAGGGAAGCAGGAAAAUAAUAAAGUGAAAAAUAUAGACUUGGUGGUAGAUACUGCAGAUUCUGACGAUGAAGAUUCUGAUGAUGAAGAGGAUUUUGACCAAGAUAACGAAUUAUUGCAGCAGUCUUUUCCUGUAGUCUUGGAGUUAUUAUCGGCCAUUUUAUCUGAAUCUUCAGCUACAGACUUGGAUGAAGCCUGUCAUAAACUCCUUAAGGAAAUUGUUAAGCUCUUGGAAAGAGUUAACGAAAAUCCGUCUAAUAUAUCGCAGUCGGCGGUUAAUGGAUCGAAAUCUUUACAUGAUAGAAUCAAAUUACUUUUAGAGGGGGAAAAACCACCAAUCUCAACAAAGGAUUUACAUUCAAAAACUCUAGCAAGGGCAAUAACGAGUUUGAAUGACCCGCUAGUACCAAUCCGUGCACACGGUCUAUACUUAUUGAGACAAUUAGUGGAAUCUAAAAGUGAAGUGAUCUCAUUGGAUUUUGUCAUAAAUUUGCAUUUGAUUCAAUUGAAAGAUCCAGAGCCAUUUAUUUAUUUAAAUGUUAUUAAGGGUCUCCAAUCUUUGAUUGAAUGGAAUGAAACAGAAGUUUUGAGAAUAUUAACAAGCAUCUACGUCAAUGAGAAAAAUGAUAAUGACUUAGAUGAAAGACUUAAAAUUGGUGAAGUAUUAUUGCGGUAUAUUGAAAGUUCUAAUGAAUUAUUUUCAGGAGAAUCCGCCGAGAUUAUUGCUGAUUCAAUGCUUCACUUGAUUAGAAGACCUCUUAAUGAUUCAGAUAAAGAAGAUGACAGACUUCGUAUGUCGGCUAUGUCUUUAUUAGGAACAUGCUGUAAAGUCAAUCCCAUUGGUAUAAUCGGGAAUCUAGACGAUGCUUUAAGUUGUGCUAUAGGUAUUUUGCAAUUAGAAACUGACAAAGAUAGUGCAAUAAUGAGAAGAUGUGCAGUUGUUCUAAUUCACGAUUUGAUUAUAGGAACUUCAAAUUCCGAAAGAGUGGAGUUUCCUAAAGAGUACAGAGAAAAAGUUUCUAAUACAUUGAAAUAUAUCUUAGAAACAGAUAAUGAUUUACUUGCGAGAGAACAAGCGCAGAUAGUAUUGGACACUAUAGAUGAGUUAGUUCAACUAGCAAUCAGUCUAUUGGAAACAGAUGAUAACUAUAAACAUCUUAAAAUUACAUAG